AUGGUGCGUGAAUGCCCUCGAAAUGAUCACUUCCACAAGGACUGGCAGCGUCGUGUGCGCGUGCACUUCGACCAGCCUGGCCGCAAGCACCGCCGUCGUGAGGCCCGUCUCGCUAAGGCUGCCGCUGUUGCUCCUCGUCCGGUUGACAAGCUGCGUCCCGUUGUGCGGUGCCCUACCGUCAAGUACAACCGUCGUGUCCGUGCCGGCCGUGGUUUCACCCUUGCUGAGCUGAAGGAAGCUGGUAUCCCCAAGAAGCUCGCCCCCACCAUCGGCAUCGCCGUCGACCACCGUCGGGUCAACUACUCCAAGGAGUCCCUCGUCGCCAACGUCGCCCGUCUGAAGGACUACAAGGCCCGCCUCAUCCUCUUCCCCCGCAAGAGCGGCCAGUUCAAGAAGCUGGACGCCUCCGCUGAGGAAGUCCAGGCCGCCAAGGCCGCCUUCGCCGCUGAGGGCAAGACCCAGGGCUACGCCACUAACGUCGGCGCCGUCCUGCCCAUCACCAACCCCGCCGCCGAGGAGGCCGUCACCGAGGUCAAGCGCGACGAGAUGCCCAAGGGUGAGGAGGCUGCGUACCGCCGGCUGCGUGAGGCCCGCUCCGAGGCCCGCCACCGGGGUAUCCGGGAGAAGCGUGCCAAGGACAAGGCCGAGGAGGAGGCUGCCGCCAAGAAAUAA